UAAAGAACUAUGCAAGGGUAUUUAUAGUUAUCUACUCCUGUUCUAUCCUUCGUUCCUUCCAGGCUCUACCCUGCUUGCAGUUAUCAUCAAUCAGAGCAAGAGAGCUGAGAAUGAGAGAGAGAGAGAGAGAGAGAGAGAGAGAGAGAGUUCUUCAUCAAAGUAAGGAACGGAGGUGAGCAUAGCCACCCCUACAAACCAGACUUGGCAGCUAAACGCAUACGAAGAAGAAGAUGGUGGUCGGAAACUCUGGCAGUGACGAGCAAAGCCACGCCUCCGAACCAGACAUUGGAAGCCCUAACGGUGGCGAUACUUUAGAUUCCGACCAAACCAACCACCGCCUGCGCAAAGAGUUCGACAGCACUUGUUCUACUCCUUACGUUAGUGCACCGUCAAGUCCAGACAACGUCCCCAGCGGCUACUUUUUCACUGCUCCGGCUAGUCCACUGCAUUUCGUUCUAUCUUCUUCGCUGCCGCCUUCUACAUCUGCUUCCGCGUUCGCUUUUUCCUCCAAUGACUCCUCUGUUUCUGGUUCCUUUGAGUUUGAUUUCUCCGCAAGGUUUCCUUCCAACACUUCGUCUUCUGCUGCUUCCAUGAUUUCUGCCGACGAAUUGUUUCUUAACGGCCGGAUUCGCCCGAUGAAACUUUCGUCUCACUUGCAGAGGCCUCAAGUCUUUGUCCCCUUGCUGAAUCUGGAAGGUGACGAAGAUUACGCUGGUAACAAUGGUGCGACAAAGCCGGAGUUCGAGAAAGGCGAGGAGGCGCUGAUGCUGAGGCUACACAACAGGUCUCAGCCUAGGAGGACAAGAUCUCUCUCUCCCCUGAGAAACCCCCAUUUUGAGUGGCACGACGAUGAAGAAGAACGAGAGACCAGUGAUCUCGAUUCGGAAGUUCUCGACCCUAAACAGGACGAAAAGUCAUCGACGGGAACGACUCCUGUAUCUGCUUCGUCUUCUAGGUCUUCUUCUGCGGGAAGGAGCUCCAAUAGAUGGAUCUUCUUGAAGGAAUUGCUCUACCGAAGCAAAAGCGAAGGUAGAGGGAACGUUAAGGAGAAGUUCUGGCGUUCCAUCUCUUUCUCUCCCGUCAAAGAUAAGAAACCUCCUCCUUCGUCGGUACCAACGACGGAAACCCAGAAACCAAAACGAACUCCCCAGGUUCCCUCUAAGAAAACUGCCCCAGCAGGAAAACCAACCAACGGUGUUGGUAACCGCAGAAUCCCUGUGUCACCUCACGAGCUCCAUUACACGAAAAACAGAGCCCAGGCGGAGGAGAUGAAGAAGAAAACAUUCUUGCCAUACAGGCAAGGACUGCUGGGAUUCUUAGGAUUUAGUUCAAAGGGUUAUGGUGCCAUGAACGGUUUUGCUCAAACCUUGAACCCAGUCUCUUCCUGAUAGUUUAUUCCAGGGUUCGAAGGGACGAUGAGAUACUACUAUCCUUGUUGAUUUUUGGCAAAAUUCUCAGCAGAUUAAGGAAUUGGAUAUUUUAGAACUUUAUUACCUUCUUUCCCAUCAAACUCUUUUAAUUGGAGCAUUAUCUCCAUUGAUCUCCUUGUUCACUAUGGUUCAAAAUUUAUUGGACAUUUAAAUGAAUGAUUUGAUGGUAGAAU